GCUGUCAAAAAUAGCAAAGGAAAGCUAGCUUGGGUUAGCCGCCGAUGUGUCUAGUACUGACACAGUAAGGAAAUGGUCUUGUGAGAAGAAUAUACACUUGUGUCUUAUCAUGGUGUGUCCGGAGUAGUGGCUGUAUCUGUCGAUACAAAAGGAAAAUAAUUUCCGUCACCUUCUUCUGGUCCGGGCGCCGAAACAAGGUGUGAAUGACUGACGUGGUGCCUCCCACUGCUCUCAGCGAAGUCCAGCUCCGGCUCCUCUGCCACGAUGACAUAGAGAGCGUCAAGCUGCUCUGUGGCGAUUGGUUCCCAAUCGAGUAUCCAGACUCAUGGUAUCAGGACAUCACCUCCAACAAGAAGUUCUUCUCCCUGGCUGCCACCUUCAAAGGAGGCAUCGUGGGAAUGAUUGUGGCCGAGAUCAAAGGCCGGACCAAAGUACACAAAGAGGAUGGAGACAUCCUGGCUUCCAGUUUCCCCGUGGACACACAGGUAGCAUACAUCCUCAGCCUAGGAGUGGUCAAAGAGUUCAGGAAACAUGGCAUAGGCUCUCUACUGCUGGACAGUUUGAAGGAGCACAUCUCGACGACAGCCCAGGACCACUGCAAGGCCAUCUACCUGCAUGUGCUCACCACCAACAACACUGCCAUCCACUUCUAUGAGAACAGGGACUUCAGGCAGCACCACUACCUGCCCUACUACUAUUCCAUACGAGGAGUCCUCAAAGACGGAUUCACAUACGUGCUCUACAUCAACGGGGGCCAUCCACCCUGGACAAUAUUUGACUAUAUCCAGCACAUCGGCUCAGCCCUGGCCAGCCUGAGCCCCUGCUCCAUCCCACAGAGGCUUUACCGGCAGGCCCAGAGCCUCCUGCGCUCCUUGCUGCCCUGGUCCAACAUCGCCUCCAAGACUGGCAUACAGUACAGCAGAACAAUGUGACACAGCAUGGAAUGCGGUCUUACGUUUCUCAUCAGUCUUCCCCUGUUUGCACCAGGAUAUACAUUCACACUCUGUUUCACACACAUGCAUACACUGGGAGGCCGACAGAGACUAAAGGUUCGAGCCCUGCCUAGCUUCCUGUCUACCCGGCACCUGUCCACCACUGUCACAGAGACUAUGUAUACUGUAUGUAUAUUACAUAUAAUAAGCUAAUAUAUAAAUUUCUUCAUAUGUAUGUAUAUUCUAUGCUGUUAGUAGGUCUAGUUGGACUUAACCCCCCCUCCCUCCCCUCUACAGGCCUUCUCAGUGUAUAGACUGAAUCGUCUAGACUGAAUCCAGGGUUGGAGUCACUUCCCGUUUGUAAAAUAGCGCCUCAAGAACAAGCUAAUUAAAAUUGGAUUUAGAAUUGAGUAGUUUUAGUUGCGCAGUAUGGUAGAAUAAAGCUAAAUAUACGCAGUAAACUGGAUGGGCAAUACAUUCAGUAGCAAACAGGGAUUUGCAAAUGAAGAGAAAUCAGAAUGAAUUAAAUUACCAAAUGCUGUAAAUUUGCAAGAAACUGUGUUGGUGACAUCACAGAAUGUCACACAUACACAGUACAAAGACAGGUAAAAACAGGAUUUCACCUACUGUGCAGUUUUUUUGAUAUAUAUAUAUAUAUAAAGUAAUACAGAAAAUUAUAACCAAGACUUCUUAGGAAAAUGGCUUUUCUACAUUGCAUCAAAAUGUUGCCCAUGUAUUAUUCAUACAAGAAUAACAGGAAGAAGCUGCAAAGUCCUGUUUGUAGAGGGAUUGAUGAUAGCUGGCUCCAGCCCUGGCUGUCUGCUUCGUGGCUGUAAUAUUGCUGCUAAUGUGGCGAAAUAUCUGUUUGUUCGUCCAGAUUUUUAAAUAUGGCCCAGAUUAGAUUUUUAGGUCUGACAGUUUAUAAUAGAGGAGACUUAAGAAGAAGGUAGUAAUCCUACCAACACGAGAGUCAUACUCCUUGUAUGUGCGUGUGUGUGUGUGUGUGUGUGUGUGUGUGUGUGUGUGUGUGUGUGUGUGUGUGUGUGUGUGUGUGUGUGUGCAUGUGCACGCACGUGCACAGGAUCCAUAAUUAGUACCUGCCAAGUACUCACAUGCCGGUAAAAGUAGUGUUUGGCAGAUAAAUGACUGAGGAUCAUCUGCCACAUUGGCUGGUUACUUUUCUAUAUAAUAACAUUUAAAUGCUGGUUAUCUCGAGUUUUGUCCCACCACUAGAAAUGCAGGCUACAUACAGAUUUGAUUUAUUGUAAAAGUGAAUAAGGUUUAAAUUAUUAAAGUACUGAAAUAUUUUCUUGAGAUAGCACUGACCCCAAUUUGGGCAACAUAAAAAAUGCACAUCACUUACUUGGCUGGUAAAAAAUGAGUCUUGUUUUGUUUACCAGCCCUUGCCAGGUGAGCCAGAAAGUUAAUUUCCGACACUACAUAUGCACUGAACUCUCAUAUUUGUGCACGCUGAUGUGGUGUGUGUGCGUUCUUUCGUUCGAAUGAAUGUACGAAAAGAGUUGCUCAGCCUAGCUGCCCCACCUUUUUUUUUUUUUUUUUUUUACUUUAUACACAAACCCAAGCCUUGUUUUCCAUUCACAGCAUGCCAUGGUGUCACUUGUCACUUCUUCAGUGUAUUUCAACAAGGUUUCCGUUGUGUCCUUACCACCUAAAACCUCAAGGUGCCACACAAGGCGCCCGCAUAGCACGAGUGUCCUGACGAAGCAGUGCUUCUCCAAAACACACAUUUAAGGAAUUGAAAAACAUACUUGAGUUUCCCAUUCAGACUCUGUAAUGUUGAGUACACAUGCAAUAGCUUUGCAGGGUCAUAGGGAUCAUUAAAGGAACAUUUACUCAAAAAAUACAAAAAGAUAUAUUCCCUACUUACCCCUCAUAAAGUCUAUCCAUCCAGAUACUUGCUCUGUGAUUUUGUGACGUUUCCUCUCUACGAUGAUCAUCCCUGUCUUCCCCUAAUAAGUACAAAUUAGAAGUGGAUAGAUACAGUUUGCCAGUGUUCUUCAACAUAAAAUAGUUCCCUUGAGGGCUGUAGAUUAUUCCAAAUAUUCAUGUCAAUAUUUUUGGAAAGAGCUGUUGCCCUGCCAGCCUUUUCGUGCUUUAGUAAUGGAGGACUGGAAACCUCACCAAAUCACACAGAACCUAUCAGGAUGGACAGAUUGCACAAGGGGCAAGUGGGAUUUUUUUCUACUUUGUUGUAUUUUGAAAUGUUCCUGUAAGCAUUUUCUGUACAUGUUGAAAAUGCUAAAAGGUGUUACGGGAAAGAAAAAAAAAAAAAGUUGAAAUUUGAGAUCGGGUUUUUGCAGGACAUUGACUGUGAACAGAAUCGUGUGCUUUCUUUUUGUCUUAAGGAACUGAGACAGACUUCCAGCCGUAGUAAAAUAGCUUCUGAAAAGGAAAAGGGGCGGUGUGGUGAAGCCUAGUUGUAAUGAAUGUAGUACUGAUACAAACAGGUCCAUCCACAGAUCCCAUUGGGUUUGUGUAGUACGUUCUUGUUCUGUUAUUAUUCUGCCUAUCUGUGUCUUAUCGGGCUGUGCACAAAGCUUUCGAGCAGGGUUAGGUUCUCAAUAUUGUACAUUUAACUAUUAUUUAUCUGACACUCUUGUCCUGGGUGACAGAGAAGUAGCGUGUAAGGGGGGUCAGUUUCUUGUUGGAGAGUAAUUUGAUACAGGUAUUGAACCUGUGUCCUUUUUGUAAUGGUAAUGUCACUCAUCAAAUAUAAGCCAGUCAUGUAUAAAUCAGUCCAAUGUUUAGCUUCUCUGGGGAUUGGCAGACACCACCAGACUCUUUAUCCCCUGUUUUUAAAAUGUUAGUAUUUACAAACAGGCAAAAUUACCCAAAAGUGGAAGUGCAAAAUGAAAACGAAUGUAUUUACUUUGUGGUAUAUCCUACACUUUUGUAGAUUUGGCAGAUAGAGAAGAUUUUUAUACUGAAUAUAAAUAAAUAUGUGGCACUGAGUGUGGUUCCUCAAGACCGCCAGUAUUGGUGGUUGAGAAUUUAUAAACUCCUAUAAGGGUUAUGCACACUAAAAAAUGUUCCACCAUGCUUUGAGGAACCGGUUGAUCUACCAAAUCGGCAAAAACUAAAACAAAAAUGGAAAUCUAAACUAAAUUAGUGUCAUAUUUUGUACCAGAGCCAAAUUGGCUAGAAUUACACAUUAGGAUAAAAAUGCAAUUGUGUGCUUUUACGAGCUGUUUUUCAGCAACGAAAAGCUCAGAACGGGUUGACAUAGGUAAUUUAUUUUUCCCCGCUAAUGCAGUUUCAAAAGGCCAAGAGAAACAUAUUAUAUUUGGUGGCCCGCUGCAGCAGCCAUUGGCAAAGUCUCCUCCCUGCAGCUAUCCAGCAUUAGUGCCACAGAUUUUUCUUAAUAUUUCCACUGUAGGAAGGAGCGACAAUUCAGAAAAUAUGUAAAAUAGAGCUUGUAUGAUGGCUACAUCUGUACGGUCACAGGCGAUUGCAGCCCAAAACAAACAGGGAUGUAGGUAGUGUAAAUAAGGCAGAUAUUAGAUUAUACUGUGUGUACUCAUUUAUGUCAGUGGGAGAACUGAAUAGUUGGGUUUUAAAGCUAAUGUUUUUAAUUUUACCUUCUCUGGUUUAAUAUCUGUUUCUUUUAAUUAUGUCUGUUUUUCCAAAAGGCCUGCUCUUUUUUUCUUCUUAAUUACAUUGGAGCAGGAACAUUACUUUGUACUGUAUGUUGAAGGUGUCUUUUCACAAUACUAUCCAAAACGUUGUCAUAUGUUUUGACUUUAAUUGUAAGGGAAUGCUUGUUUUAAGAUGAAUGAUUUGUACACUCCGCUGCAGACAAUUCAAGAUUUUAUUCCAGUUAAAUUUGCUUUGAUUUUUUUCCAAUAUAAAGUUCAUCUUAAUAACACAAAGAGGAUUUAGUUGUGGACAGCAAGCAGUUACAUUAAUGCAUCUUUACUACUUGAUAAUAAGGAUCCAAGCUCAUCAUUGACGCAUUUUCUACUGUUAGUGGCUCCUAGAUCUCAACGUAGAAUUAGGUUGACCACAGCAUGGAUUCUUUUACUAACCUGCAAUGCUUUAAUCUUCAAAAGCACAGUGUCUUAACGAGAGAUCAGAAUGCAAAACGUGCCGUGGGUGUAAAAUCUGUUGGUUUGAUAAGAGCAGCGGUGUGUUUGAGUCCCAUUGCCGUACGACUGAAACUGUCCUUGGGGCUCAGGGUUGGAACAGUUUAAAAAAGGAUUGUGAGACGGAGAUGUGAUGAUUAUUCCUGUUCUAUGCUCUGCAUGUUCUGAGCCAGUAAUAUUUACAACCAUAUAUAUGAAAAGUGAAGAUUACAGCAGGAGACCCUUUGAGAGGGAAUGAAAGCACGUGUCUCAAAUAAUUGAAUUCAUUCCCCAGUGUUAACUAUAAAUUGAAAGAACCAUUAGGAUCAUUUCUUACCCUCCACCUUAUUAAAUUUGAACAGAUUGAAAUGUCUCUGGGUGUCACAUUGUGCAAAAGAAACUUCAGCAUUUUAUGUCUUCUUUAUGGGAUGUGUUAAUUCUGUUAAUAGUGUCAUGAUGGUAAUGAUUGCAGCAAAUUAAACUCGUAAUUCCCAGUUAUUGCAAAAUGUGAUUUUGUAACUGGGUAAUUUCUGUAAUCACAAUGAAUACUUGAACCCACGUGAUGCUGAUAAGCCAAAAACAUGUACAGAGGUAAUAGUGAACAAAUAUCCAGGUCCCAUUCCAACUAACUCAGAUAAAAUAAUAGUAAUAAUGAUAAAAAAAAAAAAAAAAAGUUAUGACGCCCUCUGCUGAC